UAAUGAAAUACGAAAAUGGAACAAUACCAUAAGUAUUUCUAUGUAGAUAUGCGGGAGUUGAUGAUGUGGGGAGCAAUAUCAUUUGCAGGGACUAAGGACUUUGAAGUGAACACCCCUCCUACGGCUGGGCCGCUGGCACGGUCCGAUUGUCCCGCGGGGUUCCAUUAUCCCAGCCGCGCGCGCGAGCGCGGGAAGUGUUGGCCCGGAUUCCCGGGGCAUUUAAUCUGCAGGAUGGAGGAACUCUGUAGUGUGAUGUCAACAUUGGUUGCAGAGAUCUUUAAUACAGAGAGUGAUGAUGAAGAAUUUAAGGGUUUUCAAGAAAGUGACUUUGCCAACAGUUAUGGACGGUUUAAACAUAUGUCAAAAUUGGUUGCAGAGAUCUUUAAUACGGAGAGUGAUGAUGAAGAAUUUAUGGGUUUUCAAGAAAGUGACUUUGCCAAUAGUUAUGGACGGUUUAAACAUAUAUCAAAGACGUUAGCAGAUAUUUUUGAUGCUCCAAGCGAUGAGGAGUUUUCGGGUUUUCCAGAGGAUGAGUGUAAUACGGUACUUGAUCAUGCCCAGGACAAACCGAAUAAGAACAUAAAUGUUUCCAAAUUCCAGUCCAAGUACAUUACAGAAGAGUUGAUUGAAGUUUUCACAGAUGAUAGUUUCUCAGUUGAUUGUGUUUUUGAAGGGUUCCCUUCAAGUACUUUUGAAUCUAAUGGCGAGCUGGAUUCGAAGUCCAUGAGUUUGGAAAUGGAGGAUGAAGAUGAAGGUUUUACUAAUGAAGAGGAGGAGGAGGAGGAGGAGGAUGAUGAUCUAUCUUCCAUCGGAAGUGAAAUGGAACCAACAUCAAAGAAACCCCAUUUUGGACUGUGUGUGGCAUUUAAAUUUCCAACAAGGCGGCCAGCAAAGAGAAAGGAGCGUGAGCUGGAUGUGUCCGAGUCUGAAUCAGAUGACGACUCUGGGUCAAGGAAGAAGCGGUCUAAUGUUUUGCUAAAGCGAGCCAUGAACAUUAAAGAGAAUAAAGAGAUGCUUGCUAAACUAAUGGCAGAAUUAAAAUCAAUGCCUGGACUCUUUCCAGUGAAUGUGCAGACUUCACCUUCAAAACAGAAAAGAACUCCGAAGAGAACUUUUUCUGAAGGAAAGAUUGAACGCCGUGUGAAUCCAACCAGAAAUGCACGGCCUCCUGAGGGGUUUUCUGUGGAAAAGCUUGCGAUGGACCAAGUGAAAAACUUCCGUUUGAGAUCUGAUCUAUCAGAUCGUUUUGUUGAGGAUGAAAGUUUAAAGAAAAGGAGGCGAAGAUCUUUCAAAUACAAGCCAGGAUUCGCUGUUAAUAUCACAGACGAGGAUUUGGAAAAUAUUGCCAUCACUGUUAAAGAUAAAAUUUAUGAUCGUUGUAUGGGAAGCACUUGCCAUCAAUGUCGACAGAAGACAAUCGAUACCAAGACGAUCUGUCGUAAUCAUGAUUGUUAUGGCGUAAGAGGACAAUUCUGCGGACCCUGUUUGCGCAAUCGAUAUGGAGAAAAUGUGAAAACGGCCCUUCUAAACCCUGACUGGGUUUGCCCUCCUUGCAGAGGGAUCUGUAAUUGUAGCUUCUGCCGUCGUCGGGAUGGACGGUGUGCCACGGGGAUUCUUGUUCACUUGGCAAAAUUUUAUGGAUAUGAUAAUGUUCAAGCCUAUUUGGAAAGUUUACAGAAACAACUAAUUGAAGAUUAAGACAAGAACUAGGAUUUGUUCAGAAUCAGCCUCCUUUAAUGUUAUACAUCAAUGAAACAUAAAAAGCAUACUUUUUACAGCUAAACUAUGCUUGGAAAUACUUUAUUGCAAGAACUAAAAUGUAGUUCUGGAAGUAACGUCUGGAAGCUGAGUGUUUUUCGAAAUAGCUUUUGCAGUUGAAAAUGUUUUUUAUUGUUUAAACCCAUGUUCAAAUCUGUUUUACAUACACAUAGGUGAUUUCUGGUGUUAUUACAAUGUCUAGGGUUAUUAUCUAAAUUGCAAGUAAAUAUUUUGUGUACGUUAACACUAAAUGAGGGGUUAAUAUGUCUUAUGCAUAAUGGCUAAAUAAUUAAAACUGGAAAUGUCGCAUAUAUUGGAAGCUACGAGUUUGAUAAUUCAGCAAUAUAAGCAUUAGAUUUGUUAAAUGUUAAUCUGUCAUUUUUUUGAUAUUUAGAACUUGGAAAAAAUUGCAUGUUGUAAAAUAAAUGUACAAUUUCUAACAAAUGUUGCAUAAAAUAAAAAUGGAUAUAUGUUGUGC